AUGUCUUCGCUCCCUUGCCUCACACCCGUGGCAUACCAAUGCCACCCACUGCGACUCACUGUACACCACGCACGGCGCACACCCCGCACCGCAACGACCGCCUCCCCACCCCCGGACCCCCCGCACGCAGUCGUCGGCCUCACCGGCGGGAUCGCGACCGGCAAGUCCACCGUCUCCGCCCUCCUCCACGCCCACGGCAUCCCGAUCGUCGACGCCGACGUGCUCGCGCGGCGCGUCGUCGCCCCCGGCACGCCCGCGCUCGCCGCGAUCGCCGCGCACUUCGGGCGGGGGGUGCUCCAGCCCGACGGCGCGCUCGACCGCGCCGCGCUCGGCCGCGUCGUCUUCGCCGACGAGGCGAAGCGCAGGGUGCUCAACCGCAUCACGCACCCCGCCGUGCGCCGCGCGAUGGUCUGGGAGGUGCUCCGGUGCUGGGUCCGGGGCGAGCGGGUGUGCGUGCUCGACGUGCCGCUGCUCGUCGAGGGCGGGCUGUGGAAGUGGGUGGCGAAGGUCGUCGUGGUGUAUUGUUCGCCGGAGAUCCAGCUGCAACGGCUCAUGAAGCGGGACGGCUCCGCACGGGAGGAUGCGACUGCCCGGCUGAACGCGCAGCUGCCCAUUGCAGAAAAAGUGCAGUAUGCGGACGUCGUCAUCGACAACUCGGGCACCCCGAAGGAGCUCGAGCAGCAGGUUGAACAGCUCGUCCAACGCAUGUAUGACGGCGCGGGCUGGACGUGGCGGCUGACUUGGCUGUGCCCACCCCUUGGGGUUGCCGCAGCAUGCUGGACGAUUGGGUGGAGGGCGUUGCGACGCUCGCAGAAGUCGAAGUCGAGGCGGAGGUAG